AUGCAAACUUCUGACGAAUCCCGCAUAUAUUUGAAAAAACGUUUUGCAGAUUUCCUUGAAAAGUCGCAAGAAGGAAAUCACCACAAACUUAUUGAAGAUCUUGUGCUUCGCCGCGAACGACGUCUUUCGAUCAACCUCAACGCACUCCGCCAGUUUGAUGCAUCUCUGGCGAACAGGUCCUUGCUACGUGAACCAGGGGAAUAUUUAUCUUCGCUUACAGAGGCAGUUGGAGAUGUAGUGAGUACAAUCGACCCGAAGUAUCUCUCUGAAGGGGACAUUCGUAUAACCUUUACCGGGGGGUUUGGUUUCCAUCGCAUUUCACCUCGGGAGCUGUUAUCGCCCUUCCUCGGCAAGAUAGUAAAUGUGGAGGGCAUCGUUACGAAAUGUUCGUGCGUACGCCCGAAGGUUGUGAAGACUACCCAUUUCUGUGAAGCAACUGGGAGAUUUGUGAAUCGGGAAUAUCGCGAUGUGACAUCUUCGAAAGGAACGCCUACCAGCACUGUUUACCCAACGAGGGAUGAGAACGGAAACUUGUUAACCACGGAAUAUGGGCUAUGUUCGUAUCGCGAUUAUCAGUCAAUUAACGUGCAGGAGAUGCCUGAAUCCGCACCACCUGGUCAGUUACCCUGCUCCAUAGAUGUGGUACUUGAAGACGAUUUAGUUGAUCUUUGUAAACCGGGAGACCGCGUAAGUGUUGUAGGAAUUUAUAAGGCAAUUCCCAUGAGAACAAGUGGAUCUGGCUUAUCCGGUGUAUUUCGGACUGUCCUCGUUGCACUUGGCAUUUUCCAGCUCAGUAAAGAAGUUGUGGCCCCGUCCCUGAGCCACGAGGACAUCAAGAAUAUUAACGAACUUCCCAGAAAAUUCAAGCCGAGAGCUCUGCUUGAGUUGCUCGGACGUUCAUUUGCACCCUCCAUUUGUGGUCACGACCACAUCAAAAGAGCGCUCGUUCUACUUUUGCUCGGUGGCAGUGAGAAAAACUUAAAUAAUGGGACGCAUAUCCGUGGCGAUAUCAACUGUUUGAUGGUUGGAGAUCCCUCUGUCGCAAAGUCACAACUUUUGAGGUGUGUGCUUGGUGUGGCUGCCUAUGCUGUCAGCACCACUGGAAGAGGUUCAUCUGGUGUUGGCCUCACAGCUGCAGUUACAACAGAUCAAGAAACUGGUGAACGCAGGUUAGAGGCCGGGGCAAUGGUACUUGCGGAUAGAGGGGUCGUGUGCAUCGAUGAAUUUGACAAGAUGAAUGAUGCAGACCGAGUCGCCAUUCACGAAGUUAUGGAACAACAGACUGUGACUAUAGCCAAGGCCGGCAUUCACGCCUCGUUGAAUGCUCGUUGCAGUGUGGUUGCUGCUGCAAACCCAAUUUAUGGCAAUUAUGAUCACAGCCAAGGGGUCACUCGCAACAUUAACCUUCCAGACUCUUUGCUCUCACGUUUUGAUUUACUCUUCAUCGUCUUGGAUCAAUCGGAUACUAAGGUUGAUCGCGAUAUUUCUGCGCACGUUCUUGGGAUGCACUCGAUGGAGACACUCGCUGCAUCUACGACGAAUAUAUUACAUGGAGACUCCGCACUUAUGCACAACAAUGUCGAACCUGAAAUGUACAGUUCGCACAAACCUGGCAGCACAGUACUCUCGAAACGUUUUUUACAAAAGUUCAUUUACUAUGCAAAGCAUCGCCCAUGGGAUCCGAUACUUAGUAAGGAAUCAGAAACAUUCAUCGCUGAGCAGUAUGCGCAGUGGAGAGUGGAUAAGGCAAGUGAUCCGAGAAAUAGACGAACACUUCCCAUCACUGCAAGGACACUUGAGACAAUGAUCCGAUUAUCCGUAGCGCAUGCAAAGAUGAGACUUUCCAAGUCUGUUGAUGUUGAAGAUGCCGCAGUUGCAAUCGAGAUCAUGCGAUUCAUUGUUGAGUCAGAGGGGUUGGCUGCAAGCAAUAAUAAAAAUAUGGACAAAGAUUCUGCACCCUGCGCUGAUAUGAACAAAAACCAGAAUGAAAUCGCUCUGAUGGUUUCACUUAAUGAGGUCGACCAUUCCAAGAUCUCACUUUUCCAGAAACGCCUUCACGACCUGAUGUUCCACCGCGACUUUAUUUCCUUGGAAGAACUCAACUUUGCAACUACGGCGUGGGUAGAAGAACAUAUUUUUACAGAAGAGGAUGUUAAAAGGAUAGUUGAAGAAUUGAAGGCGACCAACAAACUGAUGAUAAAUGAGGGCUUGGUUCACCUCAUUUGAGUCACAAUUUAUCAAAGCUCUCAAAUUAUUCCCAAACACCCAUACAAUUCUCAGUUUGAUGAUACUCACAGUUGCAGAGCACUCGCUACUCGUACAGUCAACACCUUCGGAGUGUUCGGGGGAAGUGCGAAGCAUUGUCUCCCAUCUGGCCUCGCUUCCGGCCCCCGGGAGUGAAAUUUCGACCAUUCACGUGCGAUUUAACCCUAACUUUGAUCGAGCGCGCUUUCAGAUCUCGCGUGUUUCAUCGGAGUCGUAGUUUCGAGGGAGGGUUCGCAACUCGCAACGGGCGACGACGCGGAGGCACCGUCUCGUGAACCUUCGAAGGCAGAGUCUAGAUAGUCUAGGAUACUGCGAUAGUAAAGUUUCUCUUUCCUCGGACGCCGCCGGACCUUCCCUAUCGUCGCGUCGGAACGGCCGCGCGGCGAGGUCGCUACAACGACGCCGCGCGCGCCUCCCCACCCCGCACAUCCCCUCCCUUC